UUUAGCGAAAUGCAGUCAAUUAAGAGUUUUUCAUUAAUACGACGGAGGGUGUAGAGGGCGGGCUUUGAGGUUUCUUAGGAAAUGGGUCAUUUGGCAAACUUUCUUUUUCCUACCAUUGAUUUCCGAUUUUUAUAACGGGAAAUGGGAUUAUUACUAUUUUGCCAUAAAGAGAAAGAAUAAAAAGAAUUCCGCCAUUUUGGCGUCUUAAAAAGUAACCGUUGCGCGGAAUUGACGGGUGAGUGGCCGCCCACCCGCUGCCCUGUGUGCUGGUUCCCCGAGGAAUCGCGGGCGGUGGUCCCGACCCGGAGCUGGCUUGCCCCCCCUUCCGUGUCCCGGCCGCAGCUGCGGGGGGGAGGCCCCAAGUUUGCGGCGCUCAGUCUGGCCGGGGCUCUGAGUGUGUGUUGCUCCCCACCCCCAACCACCUAUAGCCAGGGCUUUUAUUGAGCGUCCGUUGUAUACGAGGCCUUGAAGGGCAGGCAGUUGGGAGGAACCUUAGCAGAGAGACGACGAGAAAAUAAACAGGGACAUCCUCAUGCAAUAAAUAUUUAUUGAACAUGUGCUAUGCCACAGACACCGCUCUGGCCCGGGGAACCAAAUGGGUAUUUUGGGUUAGGUUCCUUGGAACCAGACUCCCAGAGGGAGAUGUGAGCGCAGGUUUACUGGAGUGCCCUUGGGAAUAUCACCUGUAGGACAGGGAAGACAGCAAGGUGGUGGGCAGAAGUUAAACAGCCAAUGGCCUGGGACAGGCCCCAGCCUGUCCCAGGGGAAGCUCUGGAGUGGACAAGGGGGGCGCUGCUGACAUAAUCUCAGAUUGAGGCUAGGGGGCGAGGUCUUUAUUCCCCUUAUCAGCUGGUCUAACAGGAUGGCUGCUUCCAGGAGAGGGCACUUGGGCGAGGCAGCUCCCCUGGCUAAGGGCAGUUCCCAGAGAAGCUGAGGAUUGCCCCCUGACAACCUGCAGGGCAGCUGGGACCUCCCACUUUAUCCCCUCCUGGAGGAGUCCCUGAACAGCAUGGGGGGUGGGGGGCUGGGGAUCGAAUUCCAGCCCCUAAGGCAAGAAUGGCUAAACCUUUUAUGGAUUUCAGUACCGUUGUUUUACACUGUUGACCACUUUUUACUCGCAGCUCUCUGAUUCAUUCAUUCACUGCCGAUUUGAGCGGGCCUGUCAGGCUUUUUGCACGUCAGCAGCUUUGUUCCAUCCCUGGGGGAGACAGACAAGUUAAUGCAUAGUUAGACUGUGGUGGAGUGGAGUACAGCCGAGGGGAUGAUUAACUUUGUUUGGGGGUGGAUUCUGGGAAAGCUUCAAAGAAGAGGUGUCACUCAAGCUGGAUCUGGGAGGAUGAUUAAGAUAUUUCCAGACCUAUGGGAUGUGGAGAGGUGUGUGCAGAGGACAGAGGAGUGGGGUUCUGAGGGUGUGAUCAGGCCGUAGGGUAGGAGUAGAUGGCUUCCUACCACGUGGCUUGGGCCUGGGAGCCAUUUCAGACUGCUUGUGCUGCUGUAUGUACCGAGUGAGACGAUGUUUAUGAAAAUGCUGCAUGAGCUGCAAACACAAGGGGUAGCAGCGGGAGAGGAAGAGUGAAUUCAGAUCACAGAGAAAGCAGUUACGGGCCUCAGAAAAACUCAUGGUCUGGCUGGGGAGGAAGGACAUGGAAGCAGUGGGUGCCGUGAGCCAGGAAGCCACAACUUGUAGGCCUACCAGGAUGGAGGGGAAUGCCGAAAUGGAGAUGCUGAGGACACUGAAGGGGCCCUCCACAGGAGAGGUCAACGUGCACCUGGUGGCCAGAGACAGCCCAGGUUCCAGCUCUCACCUGCCCACUACCGCCUUCAUCAUCCCAGCCGGCUCGGCCACCCUUGGCCUGCCCAACAGUGCCCUGGAUGUUUCCUGUUUUCCACGGGAGCCCAUCCAUGUGGGCACUCCGGAGCGAGUGGCGGGCAGCGUACCUGUCACGGCCACCGUUCUGCCGCAGUUAAGCCCCGGGCCUGCGGCCAGCUCCGGCGCCACCUCAGUGCGGCUCCUGGAGUGGACGGAGGCCGCGGCCCCGCCUCCUGGGAGCGGCCUGCGGUUCCGGAUAAGCGAGUACGCACCGCUGAACAUGGUAGGAGCGGAGCAGCCCCCGAGUCCAGAGCUACGGCCCGAAGGUGUGGCCGAAUAUGAAGAUGGCGAGGCCCCGGCGGGAGGUGGCGAUGCGGGCACCCAACAGCCGGCGGACCUCCCCCAGGAUCCUCCAGAAGAUUCCCCCCAGGAUCCCCCAGAAGAUGAUGGCACCUGUCAGUGCCAGGAGUGUGGACCUCAGCAAAGCGCGGUUCCAGAUCCUGUUGGUUCCUCCAAUGAUGACUGCCCGCCGCUGUUCCAAGAGCGGUCAGUCAUAGUGGAGAACUCCUCAGGCCAGAACUCCUGCACCAGCGCUUCUGAGCUUCUCAAACCCAUGAAGAAGAGGAAGCGCAGGGAAUACCACAGCCCCUCAGAGGAGGAGUCAGAGCCUGAGGCCUUGGAGAAGCAAGAAGAAGGAAAGGAUCCAGAGGGACAGCCGGCUGCUAGCACCCCAGAGAGUGAGGAGUACAACAACAGCCAGUCUGCAUCAGGGGAGAAGAAAGAAGGCUGGUCGUGGGAGUCCUACCUCGAGGAGCAGAAGGCUGUCACUGCCCCUGUCAGCCUCUUCCAGGACUACCAGGCAGUCACUCAUAAUAAGAAUGGCUUCAGACCGGGCAUGAAGUUGGAAGGCAUCGACCCUCAACACCCGUCCAUGUACUUCAUCCUCACCGUGGCCGAGGUGUGUGGCUACCGCCUACGUCUGCACUUUGAUGGGUAUUCCGAGUGCCAUGACUUCUGGAUCAAUGCCAACUCCCCUGACAUUCACCCGGCCGGCUGGUUCGAGAAGACUGGACAUAAGCUGCAGCCCCCCAAAGGUUACAAGGAGGAGGAGUUCAGCUGGGGCCAGUACCUGCGCAGCACACGAGCUCAGGCCGCCCCCAAGCACCUGUUCAUGAGCCAGAGCCACAGCCCCCCACCCCUGGGCUUCCAGGUGGGCAUGAAGCUGGAGGCAGUGGACCGCAUGAACCCGUCCCUCGUCUGCGUGGCCAGCGUGACCGACGUGGUGGACAGCCGCUUCCUAGUGCAUUUUGACAACUGGGAUGAUACUUACGACUACUGGUGUGACCCCAGCAGCCCCUACAUCCACCCGGUGGGCUGGUGCCAGAAGCAAGGAAAGCCCCUCACCCCUCCACAAGACUACCCAGACCCUGAUAGCUUCUGUUGGGAGAAGUAUCUGGAAGAAACCGGGGCGUCUGCUGUGCCCACCUGGGCCUUCAAGGUGCGGCCCCCACACAGCUUUCUGGUCAACAUGAAACUAGAGGCCGUGGACCGCAGGAACCCAGCCCUGGUGCGCGUGGCCAGCGUGGAGGACGUGGAGGACCAUCGGAUAAAGCUCCACUUUGAUGGCUGGAGUCACGCCUAUGACUUCUGGAUUGACGCCGACCACCCAGACAUCCACCCUGCGGGCUGGUGCUCCAAGACAGGACAUCCCUUGCAGCCUCCUCUCCGACCCAGAGAGCCCAGCUCUGCCUCCCCCGGGGGCUGUCCCCCUCUCAGCUGUCGGAGCCUGCCACACACCAGGACCUCCAAGUACAGCUUUCACCACCGGAAGUGCCCCACUCCUGGUUGUGAUGGUUCCGGACACGUCACAGGCAAGUUCACAGCUCACCAUUGCCUCUCGGGCUGCCCGCUGGCUGAGAGGAACCAGAGUCGGCUGAAGGCGGAGUUAUCCGACACAGAGGCCUCGGCCCGAUUGGACGCCCUCCUAAAUACCGGAAGAUCCCACAGGAAGAUUUCCCAAGUAAGUCCCGAGUCCUCUACUGCCAUGCCCUCCACACCGUGUUCACAGUGAGUGCUUAGUGAUUGCUGGGAUGAGUCACCAGGGGACCCAAAGGGGACAAGUGGAAGGGAGGCCGCCUCUUCCUUUCAGGCCCUUGGAGAGCACAGAGCAGAGGCGAGAGCUCAGGAGUCCCUUCAGGUUCCAGCCCCACUUCACUGGAGACUCUGUUGUGAGUCUCUGAGCCUCAGGCUCCCCACUGUGCAGCAGGAGGAGGCCCCCAGCUCUGCUCCUUCUGGGAGGGAGGCCUGGCUUGCACUGUCUAGCUGCGUGACCCUAAGCAAGUCACUUAAUAUCUCCGAGUCUUAGUCUCAUUUGAAGACAUGACUAAUACUUCUUUCGGGUAUCAAGUACCUAGAAUAACUACUUACUUACUUACUUACUUACUGCGUACCUACUGUGGGCCCAGCACUGUCACAGGCACUCUACAUACACGGUCGCUGACCCUCACAGGCAUCCUAUAACAUGGACACCAUUCUCUUCUGCUGAGAAAAGAGGACUGGGAGGCUCAGAGGGCGAAGUCACUCGACUUUUAAGGGGUAGAGCUGGGAUUCAGACUCGGGUCUGACUUCUGCCCUGUGCCACUGGUGUAACAGAGUGGAAGCACCUAGCCAGAUGUCAGUUACCCCUCCAGCUCCUUUGUCUUAGCUUGGGUGCCACAACCAAGUACCACAGACUUGGCCGCUUAACUCACAGAAAUUUAUUUUCUCACACUUCCAGAGGCUCAAAGUCCCAGAUCAAGGUAUCCACAGGGUUGGUUUCUUCUGAGACCUUGCUCCUGGCUCGCACAUGGCCACUUUCUCGCCGUGUCCUCCCGCAAUCUACCCCCUGUGCGUGUGUGCUCCCGGUGUCUCUGCGCAUGUCCAAAAUUGCUCUUCUUGUCAGGACACCAGAUUGGAUGAGAGCCCACUCUGAUGGCCUCGUUUGAACUUAGUCAUCUGCUGAAAGACCCUGUCUCCCAGUACAGCUGACCCUUGAACAAAGGGGUUUGAACUGUGUGUGUCCACUUACAUGUGAAUUUUUUGUAGCAUGUACUGCCAAUGUAUUUUCUUUGGGAUUUUCUUAAUAACGUUUUCUUGUCUAGCUUCCAUUAUUGAAAGAAUACAGUAUAUAAUCCAUAUAACAUAGAAAACCUAUGGUAAUUGUAUAUGACGUUGGUAAGGCUCCCAGUCAACAGUGGGAUGUUAGCAGCGAAGUUCUGGGGGAUGUCAAAGUUCUACGUGGACUUGACCGCAUGGUCAAGGAUUAACUGUAUAGUCCCAUUCAGGGGCUUUGGGGGUUAGGUCUUCACCAUGUGAAUUUGGGGGGAACACAGUGAACCUCAUAGCAUGUUCCAAAGGGAGGGACAGGGUGACUGAGCUUCCCGUUGGGUGACAGAUUGACCUCACGGCUUCAGGCACUGGCACAGGGCCUGACACACAGCAGGCGUGCUGGCGAUCUCACCUCAGUCGAGUGGAAUGCCCUUGUCUUUGAGGCCAGAAGAGCGGGUGGGAGAGCACUUAAGCACUUAAGCUAUUCCAGUUCUUCAGGAACAGUCUCUGCAACCUGGGCGGUAUCUAUGAUGGUGGUUAAAAGCACAGCCCUGGAGCCAGACGGCCUUUUAUGGGCUGUGAGACCUCGGGCAGGUGACCCCCUCUCUGAGCCUCGGGGGGCUCAUUUGUGCAAUGCUGAUAAUACGCCCACCUCAGAAGGCAGUUGGGCGCUUAAAUGAAAAGGUCAAGUAAAGGGCUUAACACCAGUCCCUACUGGUAUUAUUAGCCCUGAGUGUGGCUGACCUCCUCGUGCUGCCAGUCCAUACUCUUCUUGGUGGAAGCAGAAGGCACGUCCUGCAGCUUCGGGCUUGAGUGAGGAGGGGCUUGGCCAGCCUCUCAGGCCCCCAGGGUGAGGACUUCUGGGGAUGGGACUGUAGUGGGCACCUUUUCUACCCUCUAUGGGACGGACACCUGGCCAGCUUGCCGUGUUCUGACCACCAGAGGGCGUGUGCUAAUUAUUAAUUAAUUCCAGAAGCAUCCUGAGAACUUAAGUCUUUUCAGAGACUGAGGCUGCAGCCCAGAGAGGGUGAAGAAGGGCUUAUCCAAUAAUAUAAUAAUAACAACAACAACAAUAAUAAUGCUAUGGACUAAAUGUUUGUGUCCCCCCACAAAUUCAUAUGUGAAACUGAAUCCCCAGUGUGACGGUAUUAGGAGGUGGGGCCUUGGGGAGGUGAUUAGGUCAUAGGGGUGGAGCCCUCAUGAAUGAGAUCCGGGCCCUUAUAAAAGAGACUUCAGAGGCUCCAGUGCUCCUUCUGCCAAGUGAGACCCCGUGAGAAGUUGGCAAUCUGUUAGCCAGGAAGUGGGCCUUCACCGUAUACCAAAUCUGCUGGUGCCUUGAUCUUGGACUUCCCAGCUGCCAUGACUGUCAGGAAUAUGUUUCCGUUGUUUAUAAGGCCAAAAAAAAAAACCCCAAAACAAAAAACAAACCUUAGCAGGUUCUGACCGGCCCCAAGUCAGUUUGCAGUUCGAUAAGACACCCCGACUGCAUGUGAGAGCUCCUGUCCCAUGCUCUGGGGGAGAAAGAUAAGGAACAAAGCUCCCUACAGCCUCGUGGCCUUGUCCCCCAAGACUCCUCCACCUGUACAUGGAGAACCAGAAACAGGACCUCAAAGGCAGGAGGCCAGACCUGUGGCCAGGAGACAAAGCGCUGGGGCGGAAGCGGGCAGGGGAGAGGCUGCCGGGGCCGCAGGUGGGAGAGCUGGCUGAGCAGUGCACGGUGGCAGCUUCCUCGUGGUGCCCAAGGCGGGGCCCUCUGGGGCCAAUAAGCGGAGACGGCAGAGAAUGGCACAUGGGGCUGCCGAUAGGAUCCCAGAGGCUUGGAGGGUGGCUGCGAAGUGCAGAGUUGAGGUGAAAGGCUGAAGCUUAGGGGCCGAAGGGUCAGGGAAGGACAGUCUGUGACGAGCAGGGGAGGCCCCAUGAGAAGGGGGUGGUGGCGAGCUACAGCCGCGUGUCCAGAACCAAUGCCCCGUGAACAGGAAAGAGGCAGCUCUCUUGGACUGUUAGAGGCAGGGCAAGCCCCUUGGGACAGUGACCACGUGGCUCCAGGCCUGCCGAGGCUAGUGAGGGAGACAGGGGCCAGGCUUGUCAGAGCAGCCAAAGGUAACUGAAGUCCAGGCAGGCGGGCGCCAGGCCUGGCCAAGAAGGAGGCCCAGCAGAGCGGCGUCCCACAGGAGACCCUGUAGCAGCCGAGGCUGAAGGCCAGGAGCCGGGACUGCAGGCAGAGCGGCAGGUGGCAGGUAGCGUGGAGGUGGCGAGCAGGUCCGCGCAGGCAGCGGGCAAACUGGACCAGGCUCGGGUGAGCACAGGGGAGAGGACGGGAGCCGGGGGCAGUGGCUGAGGCUUCCAGGCUGGGUUCCCGCACAGAAUCCCCCCGGGCCCCCACCGGUGGGUCGGGGCCCCGAAGGUCUCAGGAAGAGGAGGGCAAACCGAAUGGGCUUCUGCUGCCAGGGCUGAGCUCCUUGGCGGGUGGAGGCCGUUCUGCUGCGGGGCAUCUAGAGAACAGUCAGGAAUGCUACAGCAUCUCCUCAUGGGGCCCAGGGUGAUGUAGCCUCAGAGAGAGGGGGCUGUAGUCACUCCUGACAGCUGAGCCCCAGAAGUCUGUGAAGCGAGGGCCUUACCUGACCAGGGGGAGCGAGCAGUGCGUGAGGGCUCCCAUCGCCCUCCCUCUUGGCUCUGCAAGACUCUCAGAAAGGGGCUU